AUGGAGACUAACAAAAUUCCCGUCGCAUUAUUAAUGCAACUAACUCUAAUUGUAUUUACAACGAAAUGCGCCAAAAACUUCAGAAGGGAUGGCGAAAAAGGGGUAAAUUACGCUCAUUUUGUGAAGAACCCCUUUCAAGGACUAAAUGCCACUGCUGUAGCCAGUUUGAUGGUCAUCCAACUCCGAGAUUGUACAUAUCAUUGUAUCAAUCAUAAAGAAUGUUACUCGAUAAAUUUCGCUCGAGUUUCUUUCGACAGAAGGCACAGAUGUGAGCUGCUGAACACAGACAAGUUUCGAAGCUCGGAUAAGUUAGUGUACACUGACAGCUUCGACCAUUAUCACAUUCCGGUAAGUGCUAAUGUAAGCUGUAGCCACACUGAAUUGCAUUUGCUUGAGUCAGACUGAGUUGACAUUGAAUUUCAAGGUCAAAUUUUGAGCUUAAGUGAAGGACUCUACACAUGUCCUUUUUCAAGGACAUUCAAAUCAAUCAGAAAAAAGAACACAUGAAUUACUUUUCUUAGUCCUCUUAUCGUGAUAACCACAGAACAGUUGCAAAAGAGCUUAGACCUUUCUUAGAUGCUCUAUAAAGAAAGCCGCAUAUAUUUGCUAUGUAGAAAAUUAAUAAUUUUUUUGUGGUUGUUUCUUUUUUGCUCAAGUUCAACUUUAUUUCACAGAGCCCCUGCAUGAGCAAUCCUUGUCAAAAUGGAGAUCAUUUGUGUCGCCCGAUUUACAGUCAGGAUGAUUAUCAGUGUAUUUGCAAACCAGGUUUUACUGGAGAGAACUGUGAUGAAGGUUUGUAUUAAUAUUACUUUACAAGUCAUCAAGAUUCGAUUCAAUCAUUUAAGAUUUUCAGAAACUAAUCAUUUCUUUCAUAGUUUAGUUAGCGCAAGGUAUAAAAAAUGUUCUCACAACAAGUGCAUAUAACUAGUGUGCGAAGGCAACAUGCCUUCUUCCUCGUAUAAAUAUCACGAUAGCAAUGAGAAAAAAGUCGAUCCAAAUAAUAAGAAAACCUUUAAAAUUAUAAUACAGGAGACUCCUCUUAUCUCCGCCUAGCAUGAUAGCGAUUGGGAAAGCACUGUGAAACUGGUGUUUGCAAUAACUUACCAGGCUCUGAAAAGAAGUAAUAACGACUCUUCACAGUUUUAUGUCCUUUCCAAGAAGGUUCGAAUCAAGAGGAAAAUUGUAUUUCUCUUCUUUUGUUGUAUUUUUGGUACCAAUAAUCAAACCAUUUGACAUAUUUUCAAUUUACCCAGACAUAGACGAGUGCACCAGUAAUCCUUGUUUACAUGGAGGAACAUGUAUUGAUCAGGUCAAUAAAUAUGUAUGUAACUGCCCGGCUGGAACCGAAGGAGACCGCUGUGAAACUAGUAAGUAUUCAAAUUUUAAUCAAUUCGAUAUCUCCAGACUUUUUUACCUCAGCCUCUUAUUAUCUUACCCAAAAAGCAUGUCUCUGAUACUAAAUUAAUUCUACAACAGAUGUCAACGAGUGCUGGAGCAACCCCUGUUUAAACGGGGCGACCUGUGUGGACCGAAUCAAUGGAUACGUUUGCAACUGUAAGGAAGGAUACACUAGUGCACACUGUGAAAGUGGCAAGUACACUUUUUCCUCAUAA